UUGGAAUAUUACCAACGGCCCCCAACAUCAACAUCAGAUAACUUGGACAUUUAUCCGCCGUGGAAACUUUGAAUGAGUGGACGUUUAUCUUCCUGAGGACAACGCGAUUUAUUCCAGGUUUUAGUGGGUCUUUGGACCGUUUGUUUUGUGAGAGGACAGAUCCAGCGGAGGAAGUUAAAAUGUCAAUCCACUUUUAUGAAAUGAGCAGUAGACUGCUCGGGGACACUGUUGGUAAAAUAAGCGACAACCUGACCUCGGUGGUGCUGGCAGCUUCUGUCAUCACCCUCACUCUGGGAUAUAUUUCUAAAUUGCUGCUCAAACAGUCCCCUGACAGUGAUCUGAAAUAUCCACCUUACAUACCCUCCAGCAUCCCCUUCCUGGGUCAUGCCAUUGCAUUUGGGAAAAGCCCUAUUGAAUUUCUUGAAAAUGCUUAUGAAAAAUACGGCCCUGUGUUCAGUUUCACCAUGGUGGGGAGCACAUUCACUUACCUGCUGGGCAGCGAAGCCGCCACACUGAUGUUCAACAGCAAGAAUGAGGAUCUGAAUGCUGAGGACGUCUACUCCAGACUGACCACUCCAGUGUUUGGCAAAGGAGUAGCCUAUGAUGUGCCCAACCCCAUCUUUCUGGAACAAAAGAAGAUGUUGAAGACCGGACUGAACAUCGCACAUUUUAAGGACCAUGUGAAAAUCAUCGAAGCGGAGACCAUCGAGUAUUUUCAGAGAUGGGGAGACAGUGGAGAGAGAAACCUGUUUGAGGCCUUGUCUGAGCUGAUCAUCCUGACGGCCAGCAGCUGCCUUCAUGGGAAGGAGAUCCGCAGCAUGCUAAAUGAGCAAGUGGCCCAGCUCUAUGCCGACCUGGACGGAGGAUUCAGCCAUGCUGCCUGGCUCCUGCCUGGCUGGCUGCCCCUGCCCAGCUUCAGGAAAAGGGACAGAGCUCACAGAGAGAUCAAGAACAUCUUCUUCAAGGUGAUUCAGAAACGCAGGCAAUCUGGAGAGAAAGUGGACGACAUGCUGCAGACCCUUGUCGAUGCCAGCUACAAAGACGGACGACCCCUGAAUGAUAACGAGAUUGCGGGGAUGCUGAUUGGUCUCCUCCUGGCGGGUCAGCACACGUCUUCCACCACCAGCGCCUGGUUGGGUUUCUUCCUGGCCAGGGACAAAGCUCUGCAGGAGAAAUGCUACGGCGAGCAGAAGGCUGUGUGUGGAGAAGAUCUGCCUCCGCUCGACUUGGAUCAGCUGAAAGAUCUCAGCUUGUUGGAGCGCUGUUUGAAGGAAACUCUGCGUCUACGCCCACCCAUCAUGACCAUGAUGAGGAUGGCUCGCUCUCUUCAGACGGCAGCAGGAUACACCAUCCCUGUGGGCCACCAGGUCUGCGUCUCCCCGACUGUCAACCAGCGUCUGCAGGACACCUGGGUGGAGAGGAUGGAGUUCAGUCCUGACCGCUACCUCAACGACAACCCAGCUGCAGGGGAGAAGUUCGCCUACGUGCCGUUUGGAGCCGGACGCCAUCGCUGCAUCGGGGAGAACUUCGCCUACGUCCAGAUCAAAACCAUCUGGUCCACUUUACUUCGCCUGUACGACUUUGACCUGGUGGACGGAUAUUUCCCCACAAUCAACUACACUACAAUGAUUCACACUCCUCACAACCCCGUCAUCAGAUACAAGAGGAGAACACAGUGAGAGGAGAACACAGUGAGAGGCUCACAGCGAAGACACGAGGAAACAUCCUGAGUGUUUGAAGUGAAGCUGUAACUUCCUGGGACUUGAGUUUAGGAACAUUUAGAUGACUGCACUUCGCUUUGCCUAAAUGUCCAACCGUUAAGGUUUUGUGCUUCUUUCUGCCCUUUUUCAUAAAUAAAGUGUUCUUUAAAAAGGUGAGUUUUACUGGUCAGUAAGUUGAGUUACCGAGCACUGACUAUCUUUAGCUGAACGGAGUUACAGUGUUUCAAUGCACAGGCUGUGUUGUUCUUAGACCUUGAAUAAAACUGUAAAAUGUC